AUGUCUCAAGCAAGUCUAGACUCGAAUACCUGGUACCUCCUCUCAGACGCUAGAGUCACCAACGUCACAGGUCCUAUUAUAGGAUGCUUGCAACAGACCUCCGAUGGCCUACGAACCUACUCAUGCGACGAUAAAGAGAUUAUGGCAUGGCAAUUCCAACCGGCAAACUCCAUCAAAGGCCGGUACCUCAUUCGAUCAAACGCAACCGGUGUGGGACUUCAACUAUCAGCCUGCUGGGACCCGGCAGAAACGGCGAAUGGACACACGGCAGUCUGCAUGAGAAGAAUGACCUCAGAAGACUCACAGCUGUGGGAUAUACUCGACUGGGGCGAUGGCACGUUUGACCUCUUCAACGCUGCGAAUGGUUCCAGCUACAUCGUUGACCGCCAUGCGGGCAGCGGCGUGUUCAUGUCGGACCAGAUUGCGGGAUCAGCCAGUAGCAACUCGGUUGAUGUCCCUGGACAGCGCUGGAUUAUUCGAGGUGAUCGAGCGGUGAAUGAUCCCGCAUAUUCGACAGUGUUCAUCGAAGGCCCAAGUUCCACAUCUCCUACAGCAUCUCUUCCGAACACAGAGCGGGGAUCAUCCAAAGGAACAUCUCCGGAGAUCAUCGCCGGGAUCACAGUUGGUACAGCUUUAGGAGUCAUCUGCUUUAUCGCCAUCAUGCUUUUCUUGUCACGUAGACGGAAACUUAACCAUGGUCCCAGGCUUUCUGGCAAUCACCAGCAGAAGUCCAUAAUCAGUUCUUAUGAUAAGAGAAGGCCGAUCAUUGACCAGCAUGCCAUUGAGAGUGGUGUUCGUCAGGCGACAAAUGUACAGGAGAUGAGUAGCGGUGUUCAGGUGGCUUGA